CAUAUGAGUCGAGAUAGUUGCUUAGCAACCGUUUGAGAGAUACAACAAAAUCUGAAAAUUACAGAUGCAUAAUACAUGUCUAAUUUUAAUUUUCACGUUCUACUUAGAUCUUUUUACAUAGAUGAUAAAUGAGUUCCUUAAACACAAGACAGUAUACGACGAUUGUGAUAUUGCAAUAUGUUAUAUUAUUUUUUGAUAUUUGUGUAAAUUCAUUUGCAAGCUUUGCCAGACAGCAUCCGACAGAUUUGCUGGAUCCAAGAUUUUUGUCUUAUUGCAGCCCUUACCCUUCUCUUGGUGAACUUCUUUUCUACUUAUAUUUUCCAGGCACUGAAAUUAUCUUUCAGGCAGGUUUGAUACAAUUGUUAUAUACAAGAUUCCGUAUAACAUUGAUAUUGUGUAUAAUAUAUAUGAUACUAUCAAUUAGUUUGCACACAUGGCAUAUUACUAUACAUUGGUCAUCGCCAUUAAAACAUUAUUGGACAAAAGGAUUUCAUAUUCUUUAUUCAAUACAUAGAACAGUUGCAGUGUUGUAUUAUUACUUCUAUAAGAGAGCCUCUUUGAGGAUUGGUGAUCCAAGAUUUUACAAAGGCUCCAUUUGGGUACAAAAGCAAUUGAGUAUAUCAUAAUUAUGUAAAUAAAAUUUUAAAUAAUCAAGAUUAUU